AGAGCUUCCGUACUUAAAUGUCACAUGACGAUCACAAAAAACUUUUGGCUCGAAAGGUCUUGUGUCCCUGUAGUGAGUUUUUAAGCCAAACAUAUUAUUUAUUCUUAGUUUUUAAAUAAUUUGGGAUGACAGAGACAAAGCGUGCUCGGCCAGAAGACCUUCUCGAAGGGUUAUCUAAUAGCGAUGACUUAAAAAAACGCAAAAUGGCUCAUGGAGAAAAUCAUAUGAACAAUGGAGAUGACAAAGGUCUAACGUCGGACGAAAUCAUGGCAGUUAGAAGAAAACACAUUGGGAAAUCAUGUAAGGUUCAUUUUGCAAAGUCCCCACCAAAAAUCACCCACGGCAGAGGACAGUAUCUGUUUGAUGAUAAAGGAAACAAGUGCAUAGACUGUAUGAAUAAUGUAACACAUGUUGGGCAUUGCAAUCCACGAGUCAUCAAAGCAGCGCAUGACCAGAUGUGUAUCUUGAAUACCAACAAUAGAUUUCUCUAUGACAACAUUAUACACUAUACUAAACGGCUUAUCUCCAAAUUCCCACCUCAUCUUAGUGUUUGUUAUUUUGUAUGUUCUGGAUCGGAAGCCAAUGAUCUUGCCUUAAGAUUAGCAAGAACACACACUAUGCGACAUGACACUAUUGUCGUUGACAGAGCAUACCAUGGACAUACUUCAGCACUCAUAGAUGUCAGCCCAUACAAAUUUAAUGCCCUAGGGGGUGAGGGCAAGAAGGACUUUGUCCAUGUCUGUCCUUGUCCUGAUCCCUACCGGGGGAAAUAUAAGGGAUAUGGCAAAGAAACUGGAGAACUGUAUGCCAAUGAAGUCAAGACCUUGAUAAACAAUGCAGAAAAUGAUGGUCGAAAAAUUGCAGCUUUUAUAUGUGAGUCAAUGCAGGGGUGUGGAGGGCAGAUAAUAUAUCCAGAAGGCUUCAUGAAGAAUGCCUUUAAGUAUGUUAGAGAGGCAGGUGGAGUAUGCAUUGCAGAUGAAGUCCAGGUUGGAUUUGGUCGAACUGGAAAACACUUCUGGGCAUUUGAAAGUCAAGAUGCAACGCCUGAUAUAGUCACCCUUGGUAAACCAAUCGGCAAUGGGCAUCCACUGGCUGUUGUUAUCACGACUCCUGAGAUCUCAGAAUCAUUCGCAGCUACUGGAAUGUCCUACUUUAACACAUUUGGUGGUAACCCUGUGUCCUGUGCUGUCGGUAAUGCAGUGUUAGACAGCCUCAAGGAGGACAACCUUGUACAAAAUGCUAUAGAGGUUGGGGAAGCUUUCCUUGAAAAGUUGAGAGCUCUGCAGCAGAAACACGAGUUGAUUGGUGAUGUGAGGGGUAUGGGACUAAUGAUUGGUGUGGAGUUAGUAAAAGAUCGAGAUACUUUAGAACCAGCUACUGCCGAAGCAAUGCAUAUGGUUUACAGGGCCAAGGAUGAGUUUGUUUUUGUCAGUGCUGAUGGCCCCCAUGAAAAUGUUCUCAAGAUCAAGCCACCAAUGUGUUUCUCACAUGAAGAUGCUGAUUACGUCACCAAGGCAUUUGACAAGAUUCUUACAGAGAUGCAUGAUGCCGAAAAUGGACCAAAAUGAAGUGAAUCAUACCAGCUGAGCCAUAGUAUUAAAUCGUUCUUGAUUUUAAUUACUUAAAAGUAAUGAACUUACAGUUAUCAAUUAACUACGGUCUACUGAGGUAUACUGAACCAACUAUAUUUUGUGCAAAUGUUUUGCAAAGUUUUUGUGGAUAUAUGGCAUGUCACUCUAUACCGAUCCUUCUAAGCUUAUCUAGCCGAGUUUACGCACUGUAAUCUACGGUCUACUGAGGUAUACUGAACUUAUUAUAUUUUGUGCAAAUGUCUUACAAAGUUUUUUGUGAAUAUAUAGUAUGGCACUCUAUACUUAGCUUAUCUAGCAGAAUUUACACACUUUCAAAAUAGUUUUUAAGUCAGAAGAGCUGUUUAAAUUUAAUAAUAUUGGGCCAUUUUCCUCAAUAGAGCUAAAUAGAUGCCAAAAACAAAUCCUUGAGAAACUGACGUCAUGGAUAUCAAACAUCCAGGGCUCGUAAGAGCCAUGCAGAUAAAUGGCGGACAGUAGUUAGAUGAUUCAAACUCUAAAUUUUAGCUUAGAUGUGAUAAACUAUUUUAAUAACAUCAGAAUUUUCUUCUUCUAAACUAGUUUAAGUUGUUUUGAUUAUGCCACAGCAAGAAAAUAUACAUAAUUUUUUUACCAUAAAUAAUUUACAGCAAUAAUAAUCAAUUAUAUUUUUUAUGUAGAUAUUAUUGGGAUGGAGGGUCCAACAUGUUCCCUCCAUGGGGGAAGGUAUGGAUAUUUUCUGACAAGGUAACAAUAGUUAAUUACAGUAUAUCUAGAAAAAUAUAUUCAUAUUUAACAAAUAAAACACCUUUUUCUGUGUUCCAUUUGAACAGUAAUAAAGCACGCUGCAAGUGACGCAAGCAUGAAAGAAGCGUAAGGAAAAACAUGAGCCUUAGGCAGUCAAGUGCUUCUCACACUUCUUGAGUGCUUAUUUCUCUUCCUAAGUGAUUUAUUACUGAAUGGAGCAUGGACAAGGCUGUUUUAUUUGUUAUAUUUAUAGUGAUUAAUCUUAUUUUGGUAUUGCAUUAAUUUAUGAAAAAAAGAUGGUCACAAGAUCUACAGUAGCAGCACUUCGUGCUCGCGGAUAUUAUCAGCACUGUGUUCUGUUCACUAAUAAAGCAUAGUUUUCGACCAAUCAGCAUACAUAUACUAUCCUAACUCUAUAAUAAUUACUAAUAUAUAAUAUUUUUUAAACAAAAACUCCAUUUUGGGUAGUGGUAACUGCAGUGAGAGAGAAUCAAGGAGCUCCUGAGGUUGUAAUGUAUUGUAUUUUUCUUACUAGAGAAAAGAUUCUCAAAUUUUUAGGAUUUGAAACAAUGGACCACUUUAACGAUAUGGUGGCCAUCUUGGAUUGCAAAGCAUUAUGGGGCAUCCAGGGGGUAAUUAAAGCUUUGUUGCAGCAAUGACAUCCUUUGAUAUUAACAGCUCACCACACAAAAAAUACGACAUAAGAUGAAUGAAGACGCCACAUCGGACACCUUUACCCAUAAAAGAAAACAUGCAAAACUCUAUGUAUUAUAAAUCAUCUUUGAAUUGUUUUGCCCCCUGGCAAGAUGGCCACUGUUUUGUUGAAGUAGUCUAUUUGAUAGCAAGGGACAUGAAAUUAAGUGGGUCCUGCUGGCAGGCUCUAUUCAAAAAGUACCUGUCUAAACAACGAAACAUGUUUCCAGAAACGUCUCCUUAAUGUUUCCAAAGGUGGCAAAACUGUCAGGAAACAUCGGCAAACAUUGUUUCCAUGUGUCUUGGAAGCAUGAAAUGUUUCUGCCACACAGCUAAAACAUUUUUUGCAUCUUGAAAGAAAAUUUUUUUGCAUGCGCUGCAAUGUUUCACAUGUGGCUAAACUGGGAAACUGGGAAACAUUGCAAAACAUACGCACGGUAAACAUGUUUCCUUGUUUAGCCAGGGCCUUAGAAAUUAAAAUAGAACCGAAAAAAAGUUUAAAUGGAAGAGAAUGGGAAGUUCCUGGGGAGUAGAGGGGCCUUUUUACAGAUUUUCCUCCAAGGUGGGGGUAUAAAUAUUAUCUGGAAUUACACAAUAAUGCUGUGAAGGUUUACUAAACAAAUUCGAUAGCUUGACUAUUUAUUAUUGCUUAUAAAAAA